AAAACCAAAUUAAUUAUCAUGCCCAUAACCUAAAAGGACCCUUUACCCAUAGUUUUACAUUUUCCAUGCACUAUCUAUCCCUAGUGUAACAAAUCCUUUCCCUAUCUUCAACUAAUCCUCUCUUCAAAAAUCCAAUCCCUAUCACAAUCUAACUCACUCAACUCAAGCCACAUAGUAAUUCCCUACCACCACCAAUUCCAUCUCCAAUCAAAACCAACCCUCCACCAUGCCAACAAAAACUCAUCCAACUAAACCAUCAAAGAUCUUCACUUUGAUCCUUCUGCUUAUUUGUGUCAUCAAUCCCAUCAAGGGUGAGGAAUCAAGGAAGCUUGAUGAGACCACAAAUGGUAAUGUGAAGUGCUCACCGUGUGAAGGUGGUUCCACCCCAUCACCACCGAUAAUAGAGUAUUUAUCACCACCACCACCACCACCGAUAAUCUAUCCCUCACCACCACCGCCGUCACCGCCGCCACCGUACUUGUAUUCAUCACCACCACCACCGUCACCCAAGAAACCACCAUCAUCGUAUUGCCCUCCACCACCGUCAUCAGCGUACCUGUACAUGACGGGUCCACCGGGGAACUUGUACCCGGUGGAUGAGAAUUUCAGUGGAGCCAGUCCAAGCCGCCACCAAAAUUUGGCUGUGUUCUUGCCACUUUCGGUGGUUGUCGUGUUGAGCAUGAUGUUCUUUUGGUGAUUAGCUUGUCAAGAAAUUAAUUCAGACCAUUCACAUGUGUACGAGAAGCGUUCAUGGAUUAGUCCAAGGUCUCACGAAAGGUAAUAAGGAGGAGAGUUUUGUACUCAAAUAAUUUCAUUGUUUCAAAUUAAUGUUCCCCAGUUCUUCCUUUAAUUUCUGAUCCCAAUCUGUACAAUAUAAUUAAUAGCAAUAAUCACUAUGAAAUUAGUUUCUGAGUUUCUGCUA